AAGACGUUCUUUUCUCCCAAGAUAGAAAAGAUCCAUCGCUCAGCUUUCUUGAUUGGAAUUUGGAAAAUCACACCUCCUUAAAUUAAAGGGCCACAUCUUCAAAUGGGGUUUCGUUUCUAUUUCUAUUCAUAUUCCUAUUUCUUGAGAUAUAUAUAUUAAUAUUUUAGCAGCCAAAAAACUGUCUCUGCCUGCACAACCCUCUCUAAAUCCUUCGAGUUUUUUCAUCUCCAUCUCAUGUCUCUUUGUUGUCUUUUCCGGAUAUAAGCAGGAACGAAAUUGUACCCACUAAAGUUCCAGACUUUCUUCCCUUAAAUUUCGAGUUUUGAUCGACUCUCAAAUAGGAGGGUUUAGAUUUAAGGAGUUUAUUUGUCUCUCUGUGUGUGUAUUUUUUUGGGAAGGUUUCAUUAUCAAGAACAUAGAAAAUUGUUUCUUUUUGUACGCUUGAUGUGAUCCUGUUGUAUUGCUGAGAUGUCGGAUCUUUACGGGAGCAAUGAAUCUGAAGAUAUGUCUUCCUUUCUCCAAAUUCUUCUUCAAAAUUCGUCGUCUUCUGCGCCCACCGCCGCUGCAACCACCGGCGCGCUGUUCUCCGGCGGAGGGGCGGUGGCUGAGCCCUCAACCAGCAUCAAUUUCUCUGAUCCCAACCGCUUCUUCCCCAGAGCAUCUGACGGAUUGAGCUCUUCUGCCCGACCCAAGAACUUAACUUCUAGCCGUGAGAAAAAUAUCAUACAGAGACCUGAAGCUUGUGAUGUUCCAGCCAAUUCUGUUCCGCCGCGAUCCUCGAAGAGGAGUAGAGCUGCAGAGGUUCAUAAUUUGUCUGAAAAGAGGAGGCGAAGCCGAAUCAAUGAAAAGCUCAAAGCACUUCAGACAUUGAUCCCAAAUUCUAACAAAACUGACAAGGCGUCAAUGUUGGAUGAAGCCAUUGAAUAUCUGAAGCAGCUUCAACUCCAAGUCCAGAUGUUGACAAUGAGGAAUGGAUUAAGUUUACAUCCCGGAUAUUCGCUGGGAUCGCUCCAGUCUAUGUCAGUCCCUUCAGCAGGACUCGAAUUAUUCGAGGGAAACGCAGUGCUGAAUCCUAAUCGAGGCGCGGACACAUCAGCACUCACCAGGAACCAAGAUCUCUUAAUGCAAGGCGCUCUGGAACCGUCGCCGUCAAAUCCUCAGAUCCUCAUGCCUCCCGUGGCGAACAGCUCUGAUUCGGGAAUCAUGCCUAGCUUUGCGCCGUCAGCUCAAAAUCAUUACGGAUUGCUAAAUCACUUACCCCCUGCAAAGGAUGUUUGCCGCGACGACACAUUGUCGAGGCUGCAGUUAGACAUAAGUUGCUCCGGAAACAACUCCUCCCCGGGAGUAUCGUCCUAAUAAACUAACAAAUCGAAGAAUGCUGCGGCACGCGGAUCAUCGUACUCUUCUUCUGGUUGUAACGGUAACAAAAUGAGAGCCAAAAUUCUUUAGCAAUUCUAGACACUUAACAAUCUGUGAAAACCAUUGUUGGGUAUUAAAUUUGUGGACACAGAAAGUGUUGUCUUUUUCUUGAGACAAUCAUCGCAGCACUUACUUUUACAUGAAAAACUGCCAUUGUAAAAGUGUCUCUUCCAUUCCAAUUCCAAGAUUUUUAGUA